CGAGACCAGCCUUGGUCACCUGGUAUAAAUAGGGUGCCCCAGGACGCGCCCCUCCACAGUCUACUGCCAGGACUCUCUUCCGCAAUAGCCAAGCCAUGAUGAAGGUUCUCCUCAUCCUGUCGGCCCUCGCUGUGACGGCCUUUGGAAGGAUGGCUGGCGUUUUGCCCGGAGGAUUUCGGAUCAACGACGGUUUUUCCUGCGACGGUCGUCCGUAUGGCUUCUAUGCAGACGCUGACAAUGACUGCAAGGCUUAUCACGUCUGUGAGCCUGUGGUGGAUGAAGAUGGGCAGCUUGUGGAAAUGGCCCACUACACGUUCCUCUGUGGCGAAAAAACUGUUUUCGAUCAGGAACAGCUGUCUUGCGCUACACCGGGAGAAGCCUACCCUUGUGCCAACGCUGCUGCCAUUUACGAAGAAACAAACCGCAGACUGCUCAUCGAAGCCGAGGACCAAACCGAACCUUAACCAUAUACUGCUUUUGGACGACCAGAAAUUUCGACGGAGCUUUCUCUCAAUAUUUAUUUAUGAAAAUGCGUCUGUAAAGUAUGGAUGAUGAAUCCAUUAUUAUAAAUGUGUGCCACUUGCAGAAUAUAUGCAUCAUUUAAAC